AUGCCCCAUGCUAAAGCCCGUAGCCUGGCCCGCUCCCUCUCAUGUUCCUCUAUACCGCGGUCUGGGGAAAGUGGGCAGGAUUAUCAGGUCUCCUAUCCUGGAAAUGUCACACUCAGAGAUUUGUAUUAUUUUGUGUUUGCACCAACCCUCUGCUAUGAAUUAAACUUCCCCCGGUCUCCACGGAUCCGAAUGAGCUUCCUGCUAAGGAGGCUUUUUGAGAUGCUGUUCUUCACCCAGUUAUUGGUGGGAUUAACACAGCAGUGGAUGAUACCCAUUAUUCAGAGUUCUAUGAAGCCAUUGGAGGAUAUGGACUUGCCUAUGAUGAUGGAGCGUCUACUCAGACUAGCCGUGCCCAAUCAUCUUCUCUGGUUGAUAUUCUUCUACUGGUUCUUCCACUCGUCCUUGAACUUUAUUGCUGAGCUCCUGCAAUUUGGAGACCGAGAGUUUUACAGAGACUGGUGGAACUCUGAGACCAUCACAUACUUUUGGCAAAACUGGAAUAUUCCAGUACACAAAUGGUGCCUUCGCCACUUCUACAAGCCCCUGCUGAAGAGUGGAGUCAGUAAGUGGCUCGGCCAAUCAGCAGUGUUCCUGGCUUCAGCCUUCUUUCAUGAGGUAAGAUGCUCUGCUCCUACUGGGUGAAAGCAGACUGACUGCUGCGCUCAUCUUUACUAUUCCUUGUGAAGUGAAACAGUGUUAGCUUCAUCAGGUGGUUUUUAACCAGGAUGCUCUGCUGCUACUGCAGCUCAUAUCAUCACAGUCUGACUCAAACAUUCAAUCGCCAAAACAUCAACUUUUCAAAGAGAAAAGACAAGAAAAAAACAUGUUUUCCAUCAAGAAUAUAGAAUUAUGACAAUUUAGAAGCUAUUUUGAAUGUUCUUGAUUCUAAAGACAUGAAAUGUUCAGAGUACAUUGAGGUUAGAUACCACUUUCAAUAAAUGUAAAACUAUUUAAAUUGGCAAAACAUGUAGUUACAAGGUUUUCAUCAGACAAUGACUAUAUACAGUAUGUAUACCAUUUGUGAAGAAAUCCUGCAUUCUAUCAGACUACAGUUUCAUAAUUGCUGAGAUUGCUAGUCAGAUUAGACUUUAAAGGCCACAGAUAUAGUUAUUGCAUGACAGUACAGUGACUAUACUACACCGUGGCUAUACUACACCGUGGCUAUACUACACCGUGGCUAUACUACACCGUGGCUAUACUACACCGUGGCUAUACUACACAGUGGCUAUGCUAUACUGCACAGUGGCUAUACUGCACAGUGGCUAUACUACACAGUGGCUAUGCUAUACUACACAGUGAUUAUACUACACAGUGGCUAUACUACACAGUGGCUAUACUACACAGUGGCUAUGCUAUAUUACACAGUGGCUAUACUAUAUUACACAGUGGCUAUGCUAUAUUACACAGUGGCUAUGCUAUAUUACACAGUGGCUAUGCUAUACUACACAGUGGCUAUACUACACAGUGGCUAUACUACACAGUGGCUAUACUACACAGUGGCUAUACUACACAGUGGCUAUGCUAUACUACACAGUGGCUAUACUGCACAGUGAUUAUACUACACAGUGGCUAUACUACACAGUGGCUAUGCUAUACUGCACAGUGGCUAUACUGCACAGUGAUUAUACUACACAGUGGCUAUACUACACAGUGGCUAUACUACACAGUGGCUAUGCUAUAUUACACAGUGGCUAUGCUAUACUACACAGUGACAAUACUACACAGUGGCUAUGCUAUACUACACAGUGACAAUACUACACAGUGGCUAUGCUAUACUACACAGUGGCUAUACAACACAGUGGCUAUACAACACAGUGGCUAUACUACACAGUGGCUAUACUACACAGUGGCUAUACUGCACAGUGGCUAUACUGCACAGUGGCUAUACUACACAGUGGCUAUACUACACAGUGGCUAUACUACACAGUGGCUAUACUGCACA